AUGGAAGGAAAUUCCGAAUCAACGAACUUAUCUUUUCCCAAACUUGGAGCAUUCAACUACGAUAGUUGGAAGUGUGACAUGAGAGUGGCUCUGAUGGAUCGUGGAAGUUGGGAAUUCGUCGGUGGAGCUGAACCACCAUCACCGCCUGUAGACACUGCCCCAGAAUCGGUUAAACAGAAUUUCGAGAUAAAGAAAGCUAGAGCUCAUUCUACAAUAUAUCAAGGUGUUGAACGUCAAUUUUUGAAGUUGAUUCAGUCUACGACAGAUGGGAAGAAAGCUUGGGACAUUCUAAAAGAAAAUUUUGAACCUAAAUCAAGAGCAAGAAUUGCUAGCCUGGUAGAUGAAUUUUACGAAUUGAAAUUUCAGCCAAAUGAAGAGGGGAUUGGAAUAUUCUGUCAACGAGUUCGAGAUAAAAGUGCACAGAUUAAAGAAGCUGGAUUCGAGAUUCCCGAACUAUUAGUAUGUUUCCAGAUAAUAAGAAAACUUCCGGAAGAAUAUGACAAUUCAGUAGAGAUCUUAUAUCGUUUAAAGGAUUCGGAAUUUACAAUAAAUAAUAUUGAGAGUCAAUUGAUCAGCGAAUCCGGCAGACUCCAACUAAAAGCUCGAGAUAGUGGGUUCGAUUCAGUUACAAAUGCUUACUUAGUUAAAACAGACAUGAAAUCAUCAAGAGAAAGGAAUUUAUCGAAGAACAAAGACAUUCCACACAGCGGAAGCGGUCUGGCCCGGAGAAGUACGCAAGAAAUUGGAUACAGACGAAACUUGCAGAGCAAAGGAUAUCGACAUAAAAGUAUGGGGCCGUGUUUCAACUGCAAUAAACAAGGUCAUUAUUUAAGAGAUUGCAGAGCAAGCAAAACUGCAAAUAAGAUGCAUGAUCGUCAAAGUGUGAGGCAAAAUCCCGCUUCUGGUCUUUUCUAUACGGAUAUUGAAAUUAACGAAGAAGUUGCCGAGGUCGAAAGCACGGAACUGGAUUUAGAAGAAUGA